GUUAUGAAUAACGGCUCUUAGCCGGUGUUCCCCGUUUGUUUUCUCUCUCCCCGCCUCCCCAAUUCUACUUCGGGCCACUCAGGAGAAGAAGAAAAAAGCGCGCUCUAAGCUGUCGCGGAGGCCUCCCGAUUCGUGGGUUCUUCUGCGGAUGUGAACAGCCGGGCGGGGAGGAGAGAAGCGCUCAGGCGGCUUCAGGGCUUCUCUUUUGGGUCCUUUCUCCUAUCUGUCUAGAGGUUGCCGCGAGGGGGACUUGCGAGCGCGUGUGGAGGAGAGAGGAGCGCGUUUAGCUAGGCUGCAGCCGGGCAGCCGCGACGGAUUAAGCGGGUCGUUCCGUGGGUCACUUCGGAGUCGCUCCCAGCUCGGCCCAGAUAUGUCCUACUGCAGGCAAGAAGGAAAGGACAGAAUUAUAUUUGUGACCAAAGAAGACCAUGAAACUCCAAGCAAUGCUGAAUUGGUGGCAGAUGAUCCCAAUGAUCCUUAUGAAGAUCAUGGUUUGAUAUUGCCUAAUGGAGAUAUCAACUGGAAUUGUCCAUGCCUUGGUGGAAUGGCUAGUGGUCCUUGUGGGGAACAAUUCAAGUCAGCUUUUUCCUGCUUUCAUUAUAGCAAGGAAGAAAUUAAGGGAUCAGAUUGUGUGGACCAGUUUCGCGCAAUGCAAGAAUGCAUGCAGAAAUACCCGGAUCUUUAUCCUCAAGAAAAUGAUGAUGAUGAUGAUGAUGAUAAAGAAGAAGAUAAUCAAAGCAAAGAUUUAGAAGCUACUCCUUCAGCGGGCAAAGAAAAGGAUGGGUCUAGCUAAUGAAUGAGCACGGAGGCUAUGGUCUCCUUUCCAUAUUCAGAGACAUUUAGACAAGCAGAGGAUCUUCUCUCCUUUCUUUCCUUCCGCCCCACUGAUCCCGCAAGGAAUACACUUCUGUACACUGUAUCAUGUGAACUCACUCACUGUGAAGAAACAGCUUCAGCCCUAUGGUUUUAACACAGAAAUGUUGCAGUAGAGUCAGUAUAGAAGAAAUGUAGACACCACCAGUGCUUUAUUACUUUUCUUCUCCAGUUAUGUUCAGUCUAUAGGUUGGCUUGAAGAACAGAGGUGGUUAAUGCUGUUUUGGGAAAGCAAAAUAUCUUCAAGGUUUUAUAUGAUGAAAAUUAAUACAAAUUUCUCAGAACAACCAGAAAGAUUCAGAAAUCUGGGUAAAAUUUUCUGUAAGUCAGCCUUAUGUGCUUGAUGGCACAGGAAGUUUGCAUGUAUAAUUAAUUUCUAAUAAUAGAAAAUUAAUGCUAGUAUAUUGAUUUUCCAUUUUAAAAUAAAUGUUGAUCAGGCCUAGCCGUUACUGAGCAGUUAGAGAAAAAACAUUGGUCACAUUUAGGAACAUUCUUAGCGUUCCUAACAAUUCCUGUUUUGAGGGGUUUCCUUUGUUCAAACCCCUCUCCCAGCAGGUUGCUGAUCCUAAUAGACUUGCAAUGUUACCUGGUGUAACAAACCUCUGCAUAGGUAUUGUGAUUUGACUAUAUAUUAAAAGUGAAUUCCUUUUA